CUUGAUGGUAAGACCAUGAAGACACCACAUACUUAAAUCACAGCACAGGGAGAAAUCAAGCUGACAAUGACUUAGAAGCUCCAUUUCUAUUUGCUACAUUUCGGAGUCCUAGAAGGUGUCAUUAUGCCUUGUGGGCAAAAGAAUAAGCAUCGCAAACACAUGAAGAAUAAGAAUCGCAGUCCUAAGAAAUGCCAUAAUAAAAGAGAUGAUUAUCAGGAUCACAAGGGAGCAGAGGAUAGUGAAAGAGUGGAAGAAAAACCUCCCUGCUCUUCCUUUUCUGUGCUUGUGAAGAUUUCUGAGAAAUUAUGUGCUUCUGAACCAAGUAGUGAUACUGAGUGGCCUUCCUGUGUACCUGCCUGUGUACCCGUCGCAAUUUGCAGUCAUGAAAAUGAAUACUGCCAUGGUGCAAGAAACUUGCUUUACUCAGAAUGUCGACUCUGCCAUGAUAAUCCAUGCAGAAGUUGUGUAGAUAUGAAUGUGGUUUUCGUAGAGCAGUGCGUACUCUACAAAUUUAAAAUGAAACAACUCAUUACUAGGGAAGAUUUGCUAAAUGUUAUUGACCCACAUUACCGGUACAGAUUUGAUGAGAUAUUUAAAAGAGCUUUUGAGAACAUUGAAACUGUGUUUGCAGUCAAUGUGAUGGAAAUUGACUCAACCAAUCACUUAUAUGACCUAGUCAGCAAGAUAAAACUUCCCAACAAAGGAAGGGUUUGUCCUGGCAGGGGCUUACCAAAAACUGGUCUUCUUAUGACUCUCCUGGCUAUGAUUUUCAUGAAGGGUAACUCUCUUGCUGAGAAAGAGGUCUGGAAAUUCCUGAAUAUGAUGCAAGUGUACGCAGGGAGGAAGCAUUUCAUCUAUAGAGAUCCAUGGAAGCUCAUCAAUCAAGAUUUGGUGAAACUCAAGUACCUGGAGUACCGGCUGAUACCCAAUAGUGAUCCUCCAUGUUAUGAGUUCCUUUGGGGUCCUAAAGCUUAUACAGAAACUACUAAGAUGAAAGUCCUAGAAUUCAUGGCUAAAGGCAGUGGCAUUGAGCCUAAUAUAUUCUUAGUGCAAUAUGCAGAAGCUUUGAAAGAAGAAAAUCAGAAGGUUCAGGAAAAAAUUAGUCCUGGCUCCAGUUGAAAUCAUCACCAUAGCUGGAGGGUAUUUACACCUCAGUAAAUUAUGAUGAUUUAUCUUCAGACCAAAAAACAUACCACAAUUGACAUUUUCUUUGAAACAAGAAAGAGAAAAACAAAGAGCACAUGAAUAAAAUAUGAAAUAAUAAAGAAUAGGCAAUGAGGA